AUGUCGGCUCGAGGCGCUCGAAGUCGGAAAGUCCAGCAAAAGCAAGUCGAGAAAAACGAAAAAAAAGGCUUAACCAAAGGCAAAUCCCCAGAACCCAUCUCUGAAAGUCAUGAUACAUUUGCAGAAUGGCACACUUCGCCCGAAAUCACUAGCCCAAGGACCGGUAUUUCUCGUUCUCUCACAGUGUCUAGCAGCAAUACAGAUGUGUCGUCGGAAAGUCGGUCGCGAAGAAUAAAACCAUCAACAGCUGAGUCGGCCUCGGUGUCGGACGUGUCUUCGAAGGGCAAAGAGAACAUGAAAUUUCAGGGCAAAGGCAAGGAUACUGCAGCACCUCGCGGCAGAGGCGGGGGCGUCCCAACAAAGAAAACGGUUGCGCCUUCACCUAUACCUCCAGUAUUUCGAUCUGAGCCGGCGGCUCCCUACUCCUUGUCGCCUAAUCAAAAGACAUGGAUGAACUUCAAAGUAUGGAAAGGAGGCAAAGACGGAAUGCGCCCUUACGGAGGGUUUGAAUAUGAUGAAGACAUGCAGCAUGGGAGUGUGCUCAUUUACUUCAAAGAGGAGCAGGCUGACGAUGAUCGCCCAAUGCCCUCUAUAAGAGCAGAACUGGAAGUACUGCAGAAUGCAGGCUCUACUUGGCUGAACAACGCUCUGCUCUACGGUCAAAUAGACGACAACGAUGUCGAUGACUGGACACUUUCGGAAAGCGCAAGCUCGGCAUCUGGGCGGCUUUCGCCAAAUCUUCCACAAUCUACUCAGACACGAAUGCUGAGUCCAACUUCUUCAAAUGGGAGAUCUCCAUCAUCCUACAAUAUCGACCAAGUACAUUCUAGUAUAGAUUCUAGAGCUGCCUCCAGGAACCACCAUCUAGAUCGUUCAAGCUCGCCUCCGUCGUUUCGUCAGACCAAAAAAUGCAAUGCUACCCAUGAGAUAUGGUUCACAGCACCAAGCAAGGUGAAGACGCCUCAGGCGCAAAGAUUACACUUUGUCGCUAUCCGCAAUUUUUUGGCAAUGUUGCAUGGAAAGCCCAUCGUCGGUUCAGAUGUGUAUGAAAUGCUGUGCACACUACAACCAGAGAUACAAGUGAUGUACGACCUUGAUUCAGAUGCCAGAUCAGGCAUAACGGCUCGGGAGCGUAGCGUACAAAUGAUUACAAACUACCUGGGUCAACACGGCUUAGACGACUUGCGCGGCAAUAUCCAGCAUGCUCUUGGACUUCUCGCAUGGGCGGAGCAAGACACUGUGAGAUGGAGACAAGGAUACCUCGAAAGUUUUGUCCACUUGUCUGGCGUCAUGACACCAGAACUUGAAGACCGUUCAGACUUUAAGCGUUUGUCAGUCGUCACUCGACGGAACCUAGGCAUUGCCGGAAAGACGUUGCGACUGCGUAUCAUGGAGGCGGAGGAUAAACUGUCCAGUUUCGACUUCAGUGAUCUAUGGGAAGAUAUGCCAAAGGCCACCAAUAGUCCGGUUUACCAGAGCUAUCAACAUUUUCGACAGUUUCUCAUCUCCCAUUUCACAGGCAUCUACGGCAAUUGGCCACCGAGUUCUGACAAAACCUGGCUCAACCGCAAAGUGGUGCAUGGACUACAGGAAGACUUUGGGUCUCUUUACGAAUAUUUUGUCGAUCGAGAUGUUUUCUGGAAUCCCAGGGAAGAGCGCGCAACUAGAAAAUGGGAGAUGGCCCAUCGCAAGAAUGAUAACUUCAGUGCAGAUCUACCGGAGCUUGGAAUGACGGACAUGUUGGUCAGAUACGACGCGAAGAAUGGCUAUGCACAUAUACCACAUCCAUACCCUUUACUGCCAAGGGAGGUACCAAAAGAUGUCAAAGAAAAAGAGAAGAAGGGCUUCUUUGCAUCACUGAAGAAGGAUAAGGCCAAGGAUACCACAAAAGACGCGAAAGCAAACUUGCAGCUUUCUAUUAUCUUCAGUGAUGCGACGAACAUUGAAAAGCUAGAGGCCAACUUCCAUGUGUGCUACCCAGGAUCUACUCUGAUCGAUAAAUGCGAGCAAUUCGAGCUCACGACCAGCCUGAAGCAAAUGUCGCCACGCGAAGCACGUCUCGGACGCUGGGUGCUUCUCUACGGAAUCCUUCAAGUCCUCUCCACUCUGUCCGUUGACGUCCAAGGCCUUAAGUACACUGACGGGGUCCGAUACUUCCUCAAUACAGACUUGAAGCGCCUGCCUGAAUGGGUGAGUAACGGCCAGGCAGAGCACUUGGAAGCCACACAACAGCAAUCAUGGUGCUGGCAGCGUUCAUGGGACCCCAUGCCCAUUCCCAACGCCCCUGUGGAACUCGAGGCCCCACUGCGUAAUGAACGCACCAACCGUUCCGACAACUCGCGCAGUGUUGAAGCAGCAGCGCAUUCUUUUCCUAGCCCACCGCCUCAACAUGCACUACCCCCACCCCCACCCAGUCUUGAUGGGGCGACCCUGAUGCAAAACGAAAUCCAACGUCUCGGCGAGAAAAUCGACAACUUCUCCCUGUCCCACAAGGCAAUUCCUAGCUUGAACGAAGACUACGAACGCGUGAUACAAGAUGGAAUGCACGAUUGGAAACCACGAUUACAAGGCGAGACGUUUGGACCACGCGCAACGCGUGAGAGCCAUCGCGAUAACACAAACACCACCAACGGCAAUGCUAUCCUGAGUCCAAGAGUAGACUCGCUCUCUCACCAUCAUCCCGAAUCCGCUCUCCCUCCACCCCGAACCCAGUCGCGCAUGGAAGACAGUUUCCGGCUUACAAGACCCGACUUUGACAGCCCAGACAACUCGUUUCUCGACCGCCGACAACCCGACAGCGUGCUCCAGCAUCCGCUCAACACUUCUGCGCGGAGCCAUGCUAAUAUUACAAGUGUGGAUACAGACCUCGGAAGCUAUCCCUUUAGCUCGAGCGAAAUGCAAUGGCCCGUUCCGCCAGGGUACACGGAAAGCAAUGCCAACGCAUUGUUUAACAAUCGGGACAGCACGGUACUGGGGAAUAACCAAGGGCAGAGGGAAUACGGGACAGGAGCGAGGAUGGGUCAGCGGCGGGUGCGUGAUAGGAGCGGGUGGGAUUAA